AUGGCGGUGCCGCGCGAAGGGUGGAAGGCGACGGACUUUGUAGUGGACGACAUGGUGUACUCCAGCAUUGACGUGCUCAUAAUGGACGCCCUACGACACCUACAAUGCUUGGAGAAGAAUAGCACGCUUAGGCUGUACACCGCGUUCAUCUACCACUACAAGAAGUGGGCGGCGAAGAUGCUAAAGCAGAUACGCGACAAGCUACCCCAUGAGCAACGACUUAGGCACGUCGACGAGAUCGGCCACUACAUCCGCGACAACAAGAAAAGGGAUUGGUGCAACGAGAAAGUGGUCCGCCGACAGUACAUCUGGCUGCACGGCCCAAGGGUCACCGAAGCCCGGCUGCGCGCCUACGUGAAGCAAAUGAGGCGUGAGUGUAACCUCAUUGUUGACCAGCCCGGGGAGGAGAAAAAUGCCACGCGAACGGGGCCUGUGAGGUCGACAACUGUGCACACGAUCCUCGGCCGCAUAAAGGCAUGCCAGAUGGCGGCGAGGGUGGAGGCGACGCUGUACCGAGAGAAGGAGCUGGGCAUCAUGAGGGAGAUCUCGAUGGUGAGAUUGGAGGUGCGGUUCAACGUCCGCCACAAGAACGAGAGGGACAUCAAGAACUGCGCCGACCGUCGACGCGGCACCAUCGGCGAUACCUACACUGCCGCGCAGUUCCGCCAGAUCAUGAUGAGGGUGCUGCCGACAUGGGCGGCGGCGGCAUGGAACCCGCGGGCUACCACUCCGUCGCAGACGGUGUGGCGAUUCCUGAUCGUCAAGGUGCUCACGCUACUCUCCCACCACACUCUCCUGCGCAGCGCCAGCAUCCGCGAGAUCACGCUCCCCGACGUCUUCUUGUACCACCUGGCGAGCACCUCGGAGGUGAACCCGGAUAGCCAGCCGGUCGUCAUGAUCGGUCAGUUCUCCGACACCGACUUCCUUCCGCCGCUUGACACCACAGAACGCGAACGCUGGUACAAGAAGCAUCUCUUCUUUGCCAGAAAUGACAAGGAGCAGGAGGAGCUCCCCGCCGCCACCCACCAACAUUGGACUCAGCAGAUGUUGACGACCAACAAGGUGUUCUGCAAAAGGAACGUGCACGCCGCCCGCGCCGGAGGUGCGCAUGAGCUAGCCAUCGGAGGGACGCCACGCGCCCAGAUCGCCGAGCUGGGACACUGGGCUCUCGACAAGAUGACGCGUGCGUACAUCACGGCCAUUCCCGUUGGGGUGGUGAUGCAGAAGGCCGGCUACUCGGGACUCAAGCAAGACUACUUCUUGGGGCGCAGCAGGGUCGAGCCCUCCGACAAACUCCUGGACCUGCUCGCCGAGCACAUCUUCCCCGGCGUGGAUGCUAUGCUGCGCGAUGCGGAGACGCGUGCCGUCAACGGGAGCGACGCCGAUGCAGCCGCAGUGCACUUCUUGCGCACCCUCGUGAUGUUCCGACGAAUCGUCGCCGAGGACCUCGCGGUGAAGCUCAUCCGCACACUGUGGCACCCGUACGUCCAAGGUUCCAAGCUCUGCAGGAUUGCCCUCUUCCAGCACUGGGCGAAAAGGGUCGAGUCGGUCGACACCGAUACGAUCAAAAAGCGCCGGGACCCGACUCAGAUACAGCCGGAGGAAAUAUCCGUGCGCAUGGACACCCAGUAUCACAACAUGUCCCUCAAGGAGGCGCUGAAGAAGGAGGUCGAGCGCUCGGCGCUCGAGAAGCUAGGCCUUCAGGAGACGAUCGAGAAGCAAAACGACACCAUCGCGUCGCUCACCGCCGAGCUUACUCGACUCACCGAGGCACUCCGUGUGUCAGAAGCCCGGAGGAUGCCGGCGGCGCCGCCGUCGGCGACCGAUCAAACUCCGGGCGAGGGUGGCUCCGCGGAUUCAGCCAACACGGGGACCGGAGCCAAGAGAGAUGAUGGGAAACCCCCGCCACCCCCCCACACGGCAGAGGAGGCCAGUUACGAGCUCAACGUGGUGCAACCUUGGCAGGAUUCAAAGACCGUGCGGGACGCUUGGCGCCUCUGGAACUCCGCCACCGCCAAUGACACCCAUCGUCUUUGCGACAGGGUCGCCGAGCCGGGGUUCAUCGACCGCCACACCCUCCUCAAAGGCGCGACCCAGGGUGCACUCAACAUGAGGGUGCGCCGCAUGCUGAAGGCCAUGGAUCCGAUGCGCCAGCUACGCGCGAGCGACGGCGAUGCCGACACCGAAGCCGUGGUCGAUGCACUGAACACGAUCGCGGCACUGGGCAUUAGGACCUUCUGCGAUGCCCUCACGGUGCUCAACCCGGAGACGGCACCGACGAUGUCCAAGGAGCCUGGCAUGGGCGUCAAGGGGCUUGGCCCCAAGGUGGUCUCGAAGCUACGCCUCGCCUGUGCGCUGGUGGCGCUGGAGCUGAAGCCGACGACGUGGGUCGACCACCCUGUUUCCAGACACCUGGGAGGAGCAGAUGCCGAAGACUGUGGCCGACUUGGCCAAGCAGACCGCACCUGCGCAGCGUCCUCCGUCAAAGCGCAAGAAGUCGGCAUGAACAUCCUCGGUGCAUAUGUGUUAGCGUAG